AAUUCCUUCUCCUCUGUUUAGUUCUCCCAGUACCUUCAUGAAAAUGCAUCCUAUGUCCGCCCUCUGGAGGAAGGGAUGCUUCAUUUAUUUGAAAGCAUCACUGAAGAUACAGUGACUGUCCUGGAGACAACUGUGAAAUUGAAAACUUUUUCAGAGCAUUUAACAUCUUACAUAUGUUUUCUUAGGAAGAUUCUCCCUUAUCAGUUAAAAAGUUUAGAAGAAGAAUGUGAAUCUUCUCUUUGCACAUCUGCACUAAGAGCCAGGAAUUUAGAGCUGUCUCAGGACAUGAAAAAGAUGACAGCUGUGUUUGAGAAGCUGCAAACAUAUGUGGGUCUUCUUGCCUUGCCAAGUACACAGCCAGAUGGCCUCCUUCGAACAAACUACAGUUCCGUUCUAACAAAUGUUGGUGCUGCACUCCAUGGGUUUCAUGAUGUCAUGAAAGAUAUUUCCAAACAUUAUAGUCAAAAAGCUACCAUAGAGCAUGAACUUCCAACAGCAACACAGAAGCUCAUAACAACUAAUGACUGUAUCCUGUCAUCAGUAGUGGCAUUAACAAAUGGAGCAGGAAAG